AUGGAAGCGAAGCCAACCCCGCCAAAGCAAAAUGUAGCCACACUAAAGAACAUUUUAGACGCAAAACUAUCCAAGGAUAGUCAGUACAAUGACAGAAAAAUUAAGCACAACAAAAAUUCACUUAUUUUGAGUAAACAGUUUUAUGGAAUAAUUGGAGGAAUUACAAUUGGAAUUUUAGGGGUCCAAGGCACUUACGGUUUUUUGCUCUUUUCCAUAUUCACAGCAAUAGGGACAUUAAUGACCUUCUCUCAUAUCAGAAAUGACUUUAAGUCCUUUUUUAUGAAACCAUCGGACGUUUUCUGUCGUGACUUUUUUAGUGGAUUGAUCAAAUACUUCCUAAACACGAUAAAAGAAAAAUUAGGAAAGAACUCUCCUGAAGUGAGCGUAUCUAGUAAGUAUGAAUCGAUUUUUAUCAGUGGCAUUUUUUGGGUUCUAAGCGGGCUCACAGUAGUAAGGAAGAACAGAAAGAGCCUCGAUGAGGUUCUCGACAGGAAGGUAAUAGACACCCUCUACUCCAUAGUAAUGCACUGUUUGGAGAAAAAAAAAAUUAAACAAAAAUACAUAUACAAGUUAAAAAAGGAAAAGCAAUUUUUAUCAAAUGAGGAUAUUGACCAAAUAGUUGCUGCGUCGAAAAGUGGCCCUAGCGGUUUGUACGCGAUGGUUUCUACCAGAGGGGAAAACAGUGGAAUACCAGCCCAGUGCGAAAAUGUCCCGACUGGUCCUGGCCCCAUUGGAGGGAACUUACCCCAAAUGGAAAAUGAUAACUUCGCAAAUGAAAGGAAGCCAUAUGACGUAUUAGGAUGCUUGAAUCGCCUAGACUGCUUAGCAAGGAAUGCCAAACGGAUAGAUAGCCCAGAAUGUGCAAACGGAGUGGAAGAGGAUGUGUCUAACAGAACGGUGAAGACGACAAGUGUGGCCAAAAAGAAAAAAAAGAUAUUCCAUCUAAAUGGAUUCAGUCCAUGCAGCAAAAGCAGCCUAUACGAGGCGAACGUAAUAUCCACCUUAAGCGCCAUCCAAGUAUUAUUUUUGUUGAAUAAAAUAAGUGAAGAAGAUAUAAGCACGAAAAUGAUCCUGGAGAUAUACAAUUUUGUCUACUUCCUUUUUGAUGAGAAGAAAGGUUUCUACCACUUCUCACUAAGCAGUGCAAGGUUUCAAUUCGAUGGCGAUAUGCGUUUCAUGUUCUGUUCCCUAUCUGUUUUACAUUUUUUAUCCCUCCUGUUGAAAAAGAGAAAUGUUCCUAUCAAUUUGUAUAACAAUGACAAGAGAUGUGCCCACUGGAUAUUGACCUGUUUGAACUUGGAUGGAGGUUUUUCGAAUGUCCCGGGGUCAGAGUCACAUGCGGGCACGACGUUCUGUGCGAUCAAUUCGUUAAACUUGUUGAGGGUUAGGGGCAGUGGCAACUACUUGUCAGAUAACGGCCUGUUACGGGGGAAACUAAUUAGAUGGCUCUGCGAUAGGUAUGACAACUUGGGUAUUAACGGACGUGUCGGAAAGGAUCAUGAUGUCUGUUAUGCGUGGUGGGUCUUGGGAAGUUUAGUUGCCCUGAAAACAAAUUUAACUGAACUGUUCAAUGUAAACAUUUUAAUUACUUUCAUUUUGACGUGCCAAGAUAAACGGAAAGGAGGUUUUUCCAGAACGGCAUCUAAAACCAAUGAGGGUAGAAAUAACCCCUUUUAUUUUUAUGAGGGGAGAAAUUUAUCCCACCAAGAAGCGGACCUCUUUCAUAGCUUCUUCGCCCUCUGUGCUCUCUCACUUAUAUAUCACAAUUUUUGUCGUUAUAAAAAGAAGCACAGAAAGACGUUUCAGCUCUUCGGUGGGAAUGUAAUUCCACAGCAGUUGGAGUCCACUCUCACCCAGAUGGUCAACGCUUCAAAAAUGGCUGAAUUUGUCAUGACCAGAAGAAAGUUUCACAACUAUUUCGCAAAAGAUACGUUAAGACAAAUUCUAAAAAAUGAACAAAUCAAUUUUAACCAGCUUCACAAAAGAGUGUACGUUGGAAAUUCCCCUCUUAAUGGGGUUGGUAUAUUCUCAUGCGACGAAAUAAAAAAAAAUGAAAUCAUUGAAAUAUGCCCAACGGUCAAAAUGAAAAAUGAAGAUAUCCCAGAAAAGCUGGUUCAUUAUUUAUUCGAAAGCAAAAAAGAAAACAUGAACACACAAGUAGUUAAAAUUGUCACGAAAAGGAGAGAAGCCAUCAAUUAUAAGCUUUUCCCCUUGGGCUACGGAAUUUUAUAUAAUCAUUCAGAUCGUCCCAAUGCCUUUGUUCAUAUAGUGUUGCUGAGGGAAGAGAAGGAAAAAAAGUCUCACCAAGCUGACGAGGUUGACAAGGAGGAGAAAAAUGAGACGAUAACGUGCGACCAAAUAAUGAUAUUUCGCGCACAAAUGGAUAUUCAAAAAAACGAGGAAAUUUUCAUUUCAUAUGGGCACUCGUGGUGGAAGGUAAGCUACGGACGAAAUGGCUCGAUCGUUGAAGGGACUCGGAAAAAUUAA